AUGGGACAGAUUCAAGUGGCGGCUUCCUUUGCCUCCUCCAGCGGUCUGCAUAUGGUGCUUUGUGUCCUUAUAUCAGGACAGUAUGAUGUGCUCUUUUGCAGUCUUAAGAAUGUACUGGCCACCAGCUAUGUGCUAAUGGGAGCCAACAUGGCAGAGCUGAGGCAAUUGCAAGCCGAGCAAUCUGUGUCUGACGCUGAGCCCAGUCAGUACGCAUAUUCUAUAGAGAAGCAGACUCCUCUUCAAGAACUUUUGCAACCAACUAGAGAAUCCUCACGAGACUUUGGCACAGCAUUCCGACAGUCUUUCGUACAAUGCAUUCAGCACCACCGCUAUAUAGUGGCGGCUUUAAAGAAAAUGGAGCGUUUCUACAGUCCUAUAUGGUUUGUGAAAAUAGGCGAAGUCACUUUCCUCAUGUGUCUGGUGGCAUUCGUCUCCACGAAGAGCACUACGGCCAACUCCUUCAUGCGGAUGGUUUCCCUGGGGCAGUACUUGCUCCUGGUGCUGUAUGAGCUCUUUAUUAUCUGCUAUUUUGCAGACGUCGUAUUCCAGAACAGUCAACGAUGUGGUGAGGCCCUGUGGCGGAGUCCUUGGCAACGACAUUUAAAGGAGAUUCGUAGUAAUUACCUUUUCUUCAUUCUGAACUCGCGUCGGCAGUUCCAACUAACUGCCGGAAAAAUAACCAACCUAAACGUGGAACGAUUCAGAGGGACCAUUACUACUGCCUUUUCGUUCCUCACCUUGCUUCAAAAGAUGGACGCACGAGGAUAG